UACCUCUCUCCCAUUUUCCCAGUUCGCGCAGCCUGAGCCUCCUCUCUCUCUCUCUCUCUCUCGGUCUUCAAUCACUCUCUCAAACUCUCCGUCUCUCAUUCCCAGCAGCGACCCGCGACCCGCGACCCUUCUCACUCUCAACCUCUCGCACCUCGCCGUCAACUUCUUCUUGCCGUUUCGAGUGCCGACAGCAAAGGAGUUGGUUUACCACGGUAUACACCUGAAGUGGACCAUUGGAGUCUUGCUGUAAAAGAUGGGGAAGUAUUAGAAAAGGAAUGGGGGUCUGAAAUUCCUAUUCCCUGGGGAGGACCUCAUAGUUUAUCUUCAGAGCGAGAGAGUUAGAGGCAGAGGGAGAGAGUGAAAACUGAACGAAGCGUAAGGACCAAAAGCAAACAAGAAAUGAUGUUGACUGUGGAAGGAGUGACUGUAAAACUGCCAUACUAUUCAUUCCCAAUCCUACGAAGCCCUGUUCGCCGUGCCACUGUGAACUCGCGACCCUUUUCCGUAUCUGCUUCGACUCUCAAAGAUCAGUCGGAGACCCCUUCGGCUCCGCCCACAUCCAUUUCGCUCGGUCACUUGACCCGACCUGAUUUUCCCAUCCUCCAUCAGGAAGUAAAUGGAUCUAGGCUUGUUUACUUGGACAAUGGUGCAACUUCCCAGAAGCCUACUGCAGUGUUAAAAGCUUUGCAGACUUACUAUGAAUGCCACAAUUCAAACGUGCAUCGUGGGAUCCAUUACUUAAGUGCAAAGGCAACAGAAGAAUAUGAGCUGGCGAGAAAGAAAGUUUCCAACUUUAUCAAUGCAUCAGACUCCCGAGAAAUUGUUUUUACUAGGAAUGCCACCGAAGCUAUCAAUCUGGUUGCUUACUCAUGGGGGCUACAAAACAUAAAACCAAAUGAUGAGAUCAUACUUACAGUUGCUGAACAUCAUAGUGCAAUCGUUCCUUGGCAACUUGUAGCUCAAAAGACUGGUGCAGUCUUGAAAUAUGUGGAAUUAAAUGAGCAUGAAGUCCCUGAUGUGGACAAGUUAAAAGAUAUGCUUUCAAGGAAGACAAAGCUCGUAGUUGUUCAUCAUGUCUCAAACGUGCUUGGUUCUGUUCUUCCUAUCAAAGAUAUUGUGCUUUGUGCUCAUGAUGUUGGGGCAAAAGUGCUUGUAGAUGCUUGUCAGAGUGUUCCACAUAUGGUGGUUGAUGUCCAGAAUCUGAACGCCGACUUUCUUGUUGCUUCUUCUCACAAGAUGUGUGGGCCUACAGGCGUCGGAUUCCUAUAUGGAAAGAGUGAUAUCCUGUCUGCCAUGCCUCCAUUUUUAGGUGGUGGGGAAAUGAUCUCUGAUGUAUUUUAUGAUCAUUCCACUUACCAAGAACCUCCAUCUAGGUUUGAGGCUGGAACACCAGCAAUUGGGGAAGCAAUUGGGCUAGCAGCAGCUAUUGAUUAUUUGUCAGGACUUGGUAUGCAAAGGAUACAUGAUUAUGAGAUGUUUCUUGGUAAAUAUCUAUACGAGAGCCUUCAAUCUGUCCCCAAUAUUCGCAUUUAUGGUCCAGCCCCUUCAGAACACAUCUUCCGGGCUGCCCUAUGUUCUUUCAACGUUGAGAAUAUACACCCUACAGAUCUGGCAACUUUUCUUGACCAACAGCACGGAGUGGCUAUCCGAUCAGGUCACCAUUGCGCCCAACCUCUUCAUCGGCAGUUAGGAGUCAGCGCGAGUGCACGUGCAAGUCUUCACUUGUACAACACCGUAGAGGAUGUCGAUGACUUGAUCCGGGCACUCAACGACACAGUCAGCUUCUUCAAUUCUUUUAAGUAGAGCUUUGUACUCUUGCCAGCCUACUGUAAAUUUUGUAUCACCUAUUUAUUCUACUGUACUCUCUAAGCUUACAAGUUAAAGAGUAUCGUUUGUGCAAUUAUUUGGUAAGACUUAAGAGGGAUUCUUUCUUUGAAUUCAAUACUUGUAUUCCCUUGAUCAGCAGCAUAAAUCUGAAGGUAAGCUGAGAAAAAUAGUUUUAAUUCAA